AAAGGAAGAGGAGGAGGAUCGGCUCUACUCGGUUAUUAUGCGAUCGACAUAGCUUGAAAACGAUUAAUACUAUUGUUAUGAUUCAGAGGUACAUCGUGACGUAGUAUACACCUCAGCGAUCUGUCUGCUAGUCGCUCGAGGUAGUCGUAAAGAUCCUCUCAGUUUGCGUUUGGAUUGCGUCGAAUUCACUUCGAAUUGAAAUCUUCCGGUAAAGUGAUAGUGUGCGAAAUGAAUGUGCGAGAAUUUAAAGUUAAAGGAAAAUAGCGUCAUGUCGCAAGAUAAUUUAGAAUCAAUCGAAUCAAUUAAAUCGAAAAGCGGGAGUCUCGAUCAUUUCGAAGACGAGAAGCGCGCGAAAAGUUGCGCGGAUGAACUUAUAGUCGGUAAAUCGAAUAAAUCAACGCAAAGUGAUAUCACUCAAUCAAAUUGGAGACAUCCUUACGGUCUCUCGCAUAAAUCUUAUUACGGUGGAUUGCAGCAACAACGUUCGACAUCUGCGUUGCAUUUACCGAAGCACAAUCAAUAUCAGAUAAGCGAAUCCAAUUUUUCCACUUACAAUCCGAAGAAUAACACUCUUUGCUCGACGCAAAGCGAAUUGAUAUUAUCAGCUAGGAACAGAGCCAGCAAAUAUGUCACGUUGGACAUGAGAUCCAACGUCGUAGGAACUCCUCCCUCGCAUUUUUAUCUACCUUCGAACUCAAACAAUUACAUCGGAACACCCGGAGGUAGUACACAACCGUGUAACACGUGUUGUUGCGCUUGCAACGGACCACAAAAUUCGCAAACGAAUGUGCCUCUCGUUACAUCUCCUAUCAAUGAUCACGAUGGACCGCAAAGCCUCUCCUGGAGGAGAUUGCACAUGAGCAGAGCAAAACUAAAGGCAACCGCGACAACAUCCGAACUUUUAAGUGGUUUCGCAAUGGUCGCAAUGGUAGAACUACAAAUAAAUGAUCCAACUGCGGUACCGGAAUGGCUGUUUGUUAUGUUUGCGGUUUGCACGACGGUAUUAGUAUCGGUGCACAUCUUCGCUUUAAUGAUAAGCACAUAUCUUUUGCCGAACGUCGAAGCUAUCAGUAAAUUACAAAUAUCGCGUCUCAUUACAGAAUCCCCACACGAAAGAAUGCGUGGCUUCAUAGAAUUGGCCUGGGCAUUUUCGACGGUCUUAGGAUUAUUUUUAUUUUUGGUCGAAGUAGCGAUACUUUGUUGGGUCAAAUUUUGGGAUUAUUCCUUCACCGCUGCUACUGCCAGUACCAUUAUAGUAAUACCAGUACUUAUAGUAUUCGUAGCGUUUGCCGUCCAUUUUUAUCAUUCUCUCGUUGUUUACAAGUGUGAAACAUCAAUAUCGGAUAUGAAAGAAUUAGAGAGUAUAAAGCGAAACUUGGAUAAUGCAACGAUAAAUCAUACUACGGUAUAACGAAUAUAAUUGGCAAGUUUAUUACAUUUUAAAAACAACGAAACUUUUUUGACUUAUUUACUCAAAUAUAUAUAGCAAGUAUAUAUAGGAAUUUUUAAUCGAAUAAGUUACAUGUUCCUAUCGGAUCUAAUAAUACCAUCUUCGAAAACGA